AGCUACUGGGUGGCAAGAGAAGAACAAGUGUUUUCUAGAAUGACAAGAAGCACAUGGAGGGCUGCUUCUCUCUCUCUCUAAAGCCAUUCCUAUCGUUUGAAACUCUUUUGAGUGGCAAUAUGAUUUUACACUUUUUUGCAUUAAAUCCUGGUCAAAUACAACAAACUGUCUGUUCCUUGGAGGAAGUGAUGCAAGAGAGAGUUUAGCUGGCUGUGAAUCUCAAUAUAGGACACGGGGUCACAUUGAGUGCAACAGUACAGUAAAAACAUAACACUCUGCGAGGGAGCACAAUAAACUACUGGAAUUGAGUAAAACACAUUCAACUUCUGCAGUCGUACUCAGCCAUCAUAAUGGAAAAAACAGAAGCUGAAACCCAAAACAAUGAGGAAAUCAAAUCGUUGCGCUCCUCUAACUCAGCAAAGUCCUCAAGGUUGUCAGGAAAAAUGACUGUUAGAUCAUCAACAGGAUCUUCAAAGUCAUCAGCAUCAACCAGAGUCAGCAUGGCUGCAGCACGCGCGCAUGCAGAAGCUCAAGCCGCAAAAGCCAGAUUAGCGUAUGCUGAGAAAGAGAUGGAUAUUAAAGUGAAAAAAGCACGGUUAGAGGCAACUCUUGAUUUACUCAAUCUUCAGAAAGAAGCAGAUGCAGCCAUGGCUAAAGCGGAGGUGAUGGAGUCUGCUGCUGCUCAGUAUGCCCUUCCAGGGCAAGGUGAAGAGCUGAGCUUCUUACCGCUACAAACAACUACAGAAUAAAAAGUGAGUGAAUACAUAAACAAACACAGUUACACUGAUCUGGCUCAGGAAAACAGAAAUACAUUUCAACAUGAAAUGACAUAUCAAGAAGAACAAUUCAAACAAUCACGAAUGUACACACCUUUGUAUGCCAAACAAGAACCAAAUCACUACCCGAAUCGGCCUCCAGAUGGCGCCAAGCGACCGCAGCAAAAAGAUGAAAUGCAACAAGCCUCUCACAACCUGUUACAACCACAGCGGAGGACAAGUUCAAAUAAUGUCGACAGUACAAUCAGUGAUCUUGCCAGAUUCUUAGCAAAGAGUCAACUAGUAACUGGAGGAUUGACUAAAUUUGACAAUAAGCCAGAGAGUUACCUGAGCUGGAAAGCCACAUUCCAGACUACCACCAGAGAUCUUGGUAUUACGGCCAGUGAAGAAAUGAACCUUCUGGUUAAGUGGUUGGGCCCAGAGUCUUCUGAACAUGCUAAGAGGUUAAAAGCAGUUAAUAUAAAGCACCCACCUGCCGGUCUGGACAUGAUAUGGAAAAGGUUAGAAGAAUGCUACGGCUCACCAGAAGCAAUAGAAAAUUCCCUGUUUUCAAGAGUGCAAACCUUCCCAAAGCUCUCCAGCAAGGAGCCUCACAAGCUUCGCGACCUGUCCGAUCUUCUGUGUGAACUGCAUGCUGCAAAACUAGAUGGAUAUUUACCUGGUUUAAGUUACCUUGAUACAGCCAGGGGAGUAAGUCAAAUUGUGGAGAAGCUGCCCUUUCACCUUCAAGAAAAGUGGACUAUGGUAGGGACAAAGUUUAAAGAAGACCAUAAUGUGAGCUUCCCACCCUUUUCAUUCUUCGUGGAGUUUGUGAAAGGCCAGGCCAAGGCAAGGAAUGACCCGAGCUUUACCACAAUUUACCUUUCACCUACCCAUUCUACAAUUACAUGCAGAAAGGGAAAACCAACAGGUAAUUACACACAAAAACCAUCAGUUACAGUGCACAAGAUAGAAGUAUCAGAAGGAGGAAAGACAGUCGAAGACAUUAAAAGACAGUGUCCCAUACAUCACAAACCCCAUCCACUGAAAAGAUGCAGGGGUUUUAGGAUUAUGCUGCUUGAGGAUAGGAAAAAGUUGGUCAAAGACAACAACAUCUGCUAUCACUGUCUUGCCUCUACCGACCACCAAGCCAAAGACUGUAAGGUAACAGUUAAGUGUGAAGAGUGCAACAGCGAGAAACACCUGGCAGCUCUCCACCCAGGUCCGGCACCGUCGAUGUCUAAGCCUCCCUCAUACCCCAAAGAGCAUGGCGGGGAGCAAGCAAACGUGCAAGACUUAAGAUGUCACCGCCACAUGUACAGAGGUAUGUGGAAAUGAGAUCACAGGGAAAUCCUGUUCCAAGAUCUGCUUGGUGCAAGUCUACCCAAAGGAUCAGCCAAACAACAUCAGAAAGAUGUACGCAAUAAUAGACGAUCAAAGUAACCAAUCACUUGCGAGGACAGAGUUUUUCGACAUAUUCAAUAUACAAGGCACAACCUCACCAUACACACUAAAAACUUGUGCUGGUGUAAUGCAAGUGACUGGAAGAAGAGCUUGUGACUAUGUAGUUACGUCAUUUGAUGGAAAAGUGAGUUUUCCUCUUCCCACACUCAAAGAGAGCAACGCAAUCCCCAACAAUAGAGAAGAAAUUCCUACUGCCGAAGAUGCUUUACAUCACCCUCAUUUGAGAGCAAUAGCCACUGAGAUACCGCCCCUUGACACAGAUGCUGACAUUCUGCUGCUGAUAGGACGAAACCUUCUCAGUGUUCACAAAGUAUGGAGGCAGAUUAGUGGCAGACGCAAUGACCCAUUUGCACAUAAACUUGAACUAGGCUGGGUUAUUGUUGGUGACGUGUGUCUUGGCAGCGCUCACAAGCCGAAUGAAGUCAGUGUUCUAAAAACGCAUGUGCUAGACAACGGACGCCCAAGCUACCUCACUCAUUGCGACCAGCGCUUCAGUGUAAAAGAAGACUUCAGUCUGAGCCAGUCCAAA